UUUUAGAGUAUGUCAUCGCCUCGUUUGCCAUCAGACUGUACGAUGCAGGGGCCAUCAUGGGAUGAAUUUGAUCGUUCAGAAGAGCUAGAUUAUAACAGUAGUUCAGAUCAUGAAACUGAUGAACAAGAUUGUCGUUCGAGGAACUUUGAUCUUAUUGCGCCACCAGGAUUUUAUGCAACAGCAAGACAAAUUCAAGUGAAUAUGGAUGAAGUACGUCUUACUAAGAGCAGUAACUCACUAUCAUAUCUCGAUCAGUUACCAAACAGUGUGAGCGAACUUGGCAACACAUCAUCCUCUAAUCAACAACUAUACGGACCUUCUUUACCUCCUGGACUUACGAAUAGCAGCGAAGAAGACGAUCCAGAAGAUCCUGGAGAUCCAGAAGACCCCGAUGAAGGCGAUUCUCAGUCUGCAAUGCCAAAUAUGUGCUCCUUUCUGCAAUUUUCAAUGUCAAACAGUAUUCCGUCUUCAUCCUCUCAAUCUUCGUCUUUUGGUCCAACCGUGCUAAACUCAUCGGAAAUAUUCGCACCUUCACUUCCCGAAGAAGAAACAAAACGUUCGCGAGAAAAUUUUUUAUUGCCUCCUCCGGAACCUGGAGAAACUCAUUCUUCAAGUGUAGACUACCCGUCGAAAAGAGUAAUUGGUCCGUCAAUGCCAGAUCUGCUUCCAACAGUUGCCAAUUUAGGAAAUGAAGAUGAAGAGGACAGCAGCGAUAUUUACGGUCCAGCAGUACCUUAUGAUUUGCAAAAUAAACCGUCAACAUCCGCUGGAAAAGACUUUGAUGUUGAAGUACCCACUGAUGAUGAAACUUGCGGUCACGAUAAUGAUGGUGAUAGCAAUGGCGUUUUUGGUCCAAUUCCUCCUUGGGAACAAAAAAGAAAUGCAGACGAUGAAUAUGCAGAGAGAUUAGUGCGUCUGGAAAUGAUGCAAGCGAUCAAGAGGUCUGCAUGCAAACGACCAGAAUGGAUGACACAACCACCGAAGUCUUUUGGUUCUUACGGUUUAUCGACCAAAACAUUUUCACUAAAGAAAGACUUGGCUGCAGUCGAAAAAGCAAAACUUGAUUGGACUGAAACUCCAAUAGAAAGGAAAAAGCGAUUGGAACGAAGUGGUCCAUCUGAUGCUGGACCGAGUGGGUUAUCUUUUGAAACACAAUGUAACAGAGAUGUUGAUGCCGGUCAGACUCAAGUUAUAGCAGCUUUGGAAAAAGGUGGUGUAGAGUCAUUGGUGGAUGUUCACCAAAGAAAGCGAAAAUAUGUGACCGAUGAGAAUGGGACAAUUGCAGCAACACGGCGGCCAUUUGACCGAAGUAAGGAUUUAGACAACCAUACUUUUGGACGAGCGGAAAAUUUGAAUGCAGAUGCGAUCAAGGAGCGCUGUGGGCAACUUAAUUCCCGCUUUGCUUCAUCCACUUCACAAAAAUUUCUUUGAAAAGAUGUACUAUUUUGUAGUUCAUUGCUAUAUGGUCCUUAUGUUUGUAAGGAAAACAUAGUCUUGCCUAUUAUGAUGGGAGUAUGAACAGGAUCUGCUGCUCACAGUGGCAUGUUUUUUGGUCUAAUAUUUCUUGAUGUGAAUACCUCAUUAUAUAAAGAUCACUCUAACGUUGUUUAUUUUUCUAGAAUUGUGUAUGUUUGACUUUUAACGAGGAAAGUUUAUUGUUAUAUUUCAGUUUGAAAGAGCAAUGUUGCC